UGAAUAUGGGCUUUGGAGGAAGUCGAGUGUGCAUGUUUCUCUUGCUUGUCUAUGCCUUAAGCUCUUCUGCCAGGAACUUGAUUCUAUUUCCAGAUCGUGAGAUGGUAGUGAUAAUCGAGAGCACGGAGGGCAUAUCCAUGGGACUAGACGACUAUCCUGACCCAGGUCCUAAUCCUCGACAUGAUCCGCCCCCUUCUCAUCCCCCUCCCCCUAAUGGCAAAUCCGGCAAAGUUGACGGUGACAAGGAUGAUGGUGCAUGACAUCGAAAGGGCAUUAACAUACAGAGAGCUACCUACAAUUAAUAUUAAAACGAGUCGAUCUUCAUUUCAAUUAAUGAUAAAAUAAUGUGAGAUUUUCCAACGUACUAAAGAAAACUCUCGUGUGAAUUACAUGCAAUAUAGAAGGCACUCAUUAAUUCUGUAACUUGUGUCUCAUUUACAUCGAUCUAUGGAUCUAUGAAGUGUGGCUAUAUAAUAUAA